AUGCCGAAGAAACCCAGCGAUUUCCUCAACAAAAAGCGAAGCCGAGGUAACGGCGACUUCGCGCGCCCGAAGGCCAAGGUCGGCCGCAAGGUCAAGCGUCGCGCGGGCGAAACCGACGCGUCGUUCCAGACGCGGCAGCUGUCCAUCACCGAGCAAUCGGUGGCGAAGGACCGCGCGGGUGCCAAGGUGUCGCGGCGCGGCCUCACGCUCGACGAGCACCUCGGCCAGCUCGCGCACCACUCGGCGAAGCAGCGGACGGCCGCCUGCGACGGCGCGCGCGAGAUCACCACCGCGCACGGCAACGAGGCCUGGCGCUGCUUCGCGCCCUUGUUGGACGGCGCGGCGCGCCUCAUCAACGACGACGACGGGGCCACGCGACGGGCCGCGUCAAAACUCAUCCGGGACGCCAUCCUGCCGACGGCGUAUGGCCCGGGCGACGCCGUCGCCGACGAGCAAGCGCGGCAGGCGGCCAUCGUCGCCGCGGCGCCGCUCUUUGCCGCUCGAUUGGGAGCCGCCCUGAGCUCCUUCGACGCCGGUUGCCGGAAGGAAGCAUGCAGCGUGCUCGAGGCGCUGAUCAAAAACGCCCCCGACGCCUGUCGCCGAAAGCUCGCCUCGGCCGCGGCGAAGACGCUGCGGGCGCCGCUCGUGAACGCGGUACGCGUCGCGGGGCCUCCAAAGGACCACGAGGCCGACGCCUAUCGCGCGUCGUUGCUGCGGUGCUGCGCGUCCGUAUUUCUCGAGGGCUCGCCGGGGCCCUUUUCCCUCGCGCCCGAGGCCGACGUGUUGGAGGGCGACGACCGCGCCGACGGCGGCGUGGUGACGUUGUACAGAGGCGUCACCGCCGCCGACGAGGCGGCACCACUAAGCGAUGAAACUACUGAUGAUGGCUUUGGCAAGCGCUGCGUGGAGCUGGCGGGCGACGCGGUGCGCCGCGCGACGGCGGAACGGGCCACAAAGGGCGCCGUUCUGCGGGCCUUGGAGGAGCUCGAGCCGCUCGCGUGCCUGGCGCGUCGCGGGCGUGCUGCGUUUCACGCGACGCGCGACGCGCUCGCGCGGGCCGCGCCCCUGCGCGUGCGGGAGGGCGCGCGGCCCGACGCGGACCUCCUCGCCGCGGCGGAGGCGUCGCUCGUGGCCUGCGCGCUCGACGCGGACCUGAAAAACGCACCAAAGCUCGCCGAGGCGUUGGCACCGCGGCUCCGAGGCGCCGCCCGGCGCUCGCUCGCGCGGCGCGUGCUGCUGAAGCGCGACACGAAGGCCGCGGCGAACAUGCUCCGGGCGGCCGGGUUUGACCGGGCCGAUCUCCAAGCCAAGGACGCGCGCGUGCUGGCGAGCGCCGCCCAGGCGUCCGCACGGCGCGCAACGCCGGCUCGGGCCGCGGGCCCGCCGGCCGCGUGGUGCGCGGCGCUCGCGUCGAGCGCGGCGCGCGCCGACAAUACAGACGACGCCGACUUUUUGCUGGGUGCCCUCGUCGACGUCGCGCGGCGGUGUUCAUCAAUCGACACGGCCGUGGCGCCGCACCUCGAGGCCCUCGUGUCCAACGAACGGUGCUGGCCGCGGGCCGGCGCGCUGCUCGCGCAUCUCGGGGCGGUGCCUUCCGAAGUUGUCUGGGCCGCGUGCGCGACCGUGUCCGCGGACGCAACGGCAUCCAUAGCGUUGCUCGACGCGCUGAAGGCGCGGGGCUCCGUCGACGACGCGGCCGCGCUGCUGCUGGAGACGACGGCCGCCGCGCUCACGGACGCCGCGCACGCGACGGCGCCCGGCGCCGCGACAGCUUCUGUCAUUUUCACCGCUGCUGCCGCCGCAUCGUCUGCGGAGCCGAGCCGGGCGGUCCUCGCGCGGCUCGCGGCGACCGCGGCGGACGCCGCGGCGCAGCCGCGCGACGUCGCCCAACGGAGGCGCCUCGCGCGCGCCGAAACUUUGGUGGCGCGGCUCGCCGUGUCCGUCGAGCCGCCGGACGACGCGCGUGAGGCCGUCGCCGCCGCGUGUUUCCGGCGCCUCGCCGCCGCCGAGCGCGAUUCGACGAAGGCGGAGGGCGGCCGCAUCGCGGUUGACGCGCUUGCGGCGCGGACUGCUUUGCGAGCGGCGAGCUGUGACCUCGUGCAGCGCGCCUGCUCGGGGUCGGACGCGCCGGUCAAGCCGCGCUGUGCGUUACUAGCACUGUGCCGUCUGCUACGCGACGACCGCGUGGCCUCGGACUUCGCGGCGGCGGCGCGGCGCGCGGUCGUUUCUGACGACGAGUCGUUGAUGGAUGUGGUGCGGGCGGCGGAGGCGGAGCUUAGCGCGCUCGACGCUGUCGUUGCCUAAUCUAUG